AGCGGGCCGAGGCGGGGCGGGCGCGGCGGCGGCUCCGGCCGGGUGUGCGGGUCCGGGUCCGGGUGCGGGUGCGGGGCAGCGGCGGCUCCGCGGGCCGAGAUGCCGCUCUUCGCCACCAACCCCUUCGAGCAGGACGUGGAAAAAGCUACAAAUGAAUACAACACCAGUGAGGAUUGGGGGCUUAUCAUGGAUAUUUGUGACAAAGUUGGAAGCACUCCCAAUGGAGCCAAGGAUUGCCUUAAAGCCAUCAUGAAGAGAAUGAAUCACAAAGUUCCCCACGUGGCUUUGCAAGCUCUCACACUUUUAGGAGCCUGUGUCUCCAACUGUGGGAAAAUAUUCCACUUGGAAGUGUGUUCCAGGGAUUUUGCCACUGAAGCUAGAGCUAUAAUAAACAAGGCUCACCCAAAAGUGUGUGAAAAGCUAAAAUCCCUCAUGGUGGAGUGGUCAGAAGAGUUCCAGAAAGACCCACAGUGCAGCUUAAUCUCUGCAACCAUCAAAUCCCUGAAGGAGGAAGGGGUCACUUUUCCUGCAGCAGGAUCCCAGGCUUCCACCAGUGCUGCCAAGAAUGGCUCCUCAUCCAGUAAAUCCAAAGAAGAUGAGGAUAUAGCUAAAGCUAUUGAAUUGUCUUUGCAAGAGCAGAAACAGCAGCAAAUGGAAACCAAGUCCUUGUACCCAAGUGCAGAAAUGGCAGCAAACCCCCCCAGCCUGAGGAAGGUGCGAGCUCUCUAUGACUUUGAAGCUGUGGAGGACAAUGAGCUCACCUUUAAAAGUGGAGAAAUUAUUUUUGUUUUGGAUGACAGUGAUGCCAAUUGGUGGAAAGGGGAGAACCACAGAGGAGUGGGGCUGUUCCCAUCCAAUUUUGUCACCUCUGACUUGACUGUGGAGCCUGAGGCAGCAGCUGUGGAUAAAAUCUCUGUUCCUGAGGACACUGCAGAAGAAAUUAAGAAAGCAGAACCUGAGCCAGUUUAUAUUGAUGAGGAGAAGAUGGAUAAAACACUGCAGGUACUUCAGAGCAUAGAUCCCACAGAUUUAAAGCUUGAUUCUCCUGAUCUGCUCGACUCAGAAGAUAUGUGCCAGCAGAUGGGUCCAAUGAUAGAUGAAAAACUAGAAGAGAUAGAUAGGAAACAUUCCGAGUUAUCUGAACUGAACGUGAAGGUUCUGGAAGCUCUGGAGCUCUACAACAAACUGAUGAAUGAGAGCCCCCUGUACUCAGCCUACUCCAAACUCCAGCACCCUGCUCAAUUCCCACCCACCUCCUCUGUGCAGUCGUAUCCUGUGCAGCCUGCCAGUGGGAAUUACAUGAUGCAGGGAGUGUCCAUGUCCCCAGGAUACAGCCUGGCCCCUGAGCACGUGGCCCAGGUGAGGGCUCUGCCCCAGAGCAUCAACUCUGCAGCCACCCAGCCACCUCCAGCUGCUUAUUUAAGCCCCGACCCCGCGCUGCCGCCGCCCUUCCCGAGCGUCGCCGGCACCGCCGCCUUCCCCCAGCAGCAGAUGGGCAUGGCCGUGGACAUGGCAGCAUUCCAGAGCACCCAAGGACCAGCCUACCCUGGGCCACUCCCUGCUCAUUCCCUGCUCCAGCAGCAGCCAACAAAUUUCCAUCAGCAGCCUCUGCUUUAAACAGCAGCGAGGAAUUCCGACCCGCCGAUCUUGCCGUGGAUAUCCGAGUCCAUUUUCCUCUCCAACAGCCCAACUCGCUGCCUUGGGGUGAUGCAGAGUAAAAAUAGGCACCAGCUCUGAUGGUUAUUUGCAUUUUUGCAUCCUGAACUAGAUUAGGGGAUGGUUUAAAAUAAUUCCCCAUCCCUCUGAGUCCUUUUUUUUUUUUUUUUUUUAACUCUCCCCUGCGCUUUCAGGAAACGCCACUUGUGAAUCUUGGAAAGAUUGUCCCAAAAUAAUUUCUCUCUUCAGUGUGUUUCUGGAAGCUUGAGGAUGCUGAGAUGCUGUUGCUUUGCCUCUUCUGGUGUCUUCUGUAAUCCUUCUGUCCCAGUGGCUUUAGGGAAUCUCUGCAGUUCUGAGUCCCCUUCCUGAAGGACUCGCCGUGGAUCCCUGGCUCCAGCUGCAAGAGGAAACUGCCACUCAGGACCACAUCCCUGUGGAAACAGGAGACAAAAAGAGGGUUUUAACAGUGCUGCCUCUAUAUUUCAGCAAACACAGAGAACUGCUGUGUUUUUCAAGUUUUCCUGGCAUUCCUGGUGUCUUGGCAGAGGUGGCACUGCCUGCACCAGGCUCCUUGGGAAGAGCAGGGGAUGCUCCAAGGUGCUGAGCCAGGAACUUGCACAGAACCUCCUCCCAGUUUUCCUUUCAGUUUGGAUGGUGCAGAAGUGAAGGAGCUUUGGAAUUCCUUGUGGAAAGGAGGGGCUGGAGAAGGUUUGAAGCUGCUGAAGGAUUUGUUCCCUUUCCAAGGGGGAGCUGAGUGGAACAGGAAUGGUCUCAGUGGGACCAGGGGGUUCUGCCUCUCUGGGAUUUCCUUUCUCUGCCACUGUGUGUCUGAAGAAGCCCUGACCCCAGAGGGUCCUGCACCACUUGGGGAGGGGAUUGAAGCACAUCCCAUGUGCUCUGGGUUGGGCUCUGUGCUCCUGGAAAAGCAGAGCCCUGUCCCUGGAGCAGGGAUUGCCCCAGAGCUGGGCACAUGUGCCAGUUGGUGAGACAAGAAAUCCAAGAAUUUCUUCCCUGAUGCACUUUUUAAAGGGUGGGGUUUGUCCAUGGGAGCAGAGGAGCUGGAUUAUCCUUUGGGAAUGUGGGAUUUAUUUCUUCUUCUUGUUUCAACUGCUGAAAAACAAAAAAAAAAAUCACUUCAUCCUCCUGUUUGCCUCCUCACUGGAGCAUGGUGACAUUUAUCCUGCUUUUAACCACCUCUGGUGAGUGAGAAUCCUUGGUUUGGGGGAAUAAUGGAAGCAAAUUACUGAUGAAAACAUCUCAGUUAAAUUCAGGAAGCUCCCAGAUGUUGAAAUAAGCAAUUUUGAUGGAUAAAUUUCAUCCCAGAUUGGAACUCCCAGGCUGCUGAGUGACAAAACCCACUCUUCACUCAGCACCUCCUCCAUUUAUUUUCCCUUGUAUUUAAUUAUUUGCUAUCUUGACCUUACAUUUGCAGCCUCAUGCUCAUGCAAAAAGUGUUCAGCACCUGCUCUUUAAAUCACUUUUUAUUUAAAUGUGUGCAAUUGGAAGGAGGAUUUUGUCUUUCCUUUGGACAUUAAUUUUGUCUUGAUCCUUCCCCUGGAAGUAGCUCAGUACAAAUAACACACUGGCAAUACUGAAGUAUUUUAAUUUGUUCCUUUGUAUCUUUGGAGAAAAUGAAUUUAUUUCCAUGCUUCUGUUCCAAAUUCUAAUUGUUUGGAGCUUUUAUUUGUCAGAGUUUACUUUGUUCCAAGUUGGUUUUGGGGUCUAACUAAACCUUGCUCCUGUUGCUAUGAAUUCUCCAUGUUGGGAAAUUUAAAUUGGUGUUUUUUUUGAUUCUGAGCUUUGGGCCAAGAAAAAUCUUGGAUUGAGCCAGCCAGAUAUGAUUUGAUGAUGUUAAUUGUUAAAUAUAAAUAAUGUAUAUACUCAUUUGUCUGAGAUUUUCUACACACCUCCACACAUGCCUGAACUUUUAUAAAAGCAGAUUUGUCCUUCUGUCACCUCUUCUACUCCUAACUCCGUGAUAUGCAACUUGUAGAUAGUGUAAAAUAAUUUAAUUAUUAUUAAACCAGUGUAUCUAGA